ACACACACACACACACGCGCCCAUCAGUCGAACACAAACCUUUACAGAUUCAACAUGAAGUGUCAGAAACUGGUGUUGACAAUCACUCUGGUGGUAAUGGCAGUGUGUGUCAGGAUCGAGGCCGUACACUGCUCUUGUCAGAACGCCAAAUGCACUGGUUUAGAUCCCAAUGACUGCCCUAACGGAACCACUAAAGAUAUGUGCGAGUGCUGUACCGUCUGUGCUGGGGGCCCAGGGGAGGAGUGUGGAGGCCCCUGGCAUAUUUACGGUGACUGUGGUAGCGGUCUCGAGUGUCACCAGGAAACUUGUCCUCCAGAUAUUGCCGAUGCUGAGUGUUACCUCCAUUACCUCACUGAACCCGGCGAGUGUGUUCAGAAGAAACACUCCUUCCUCGACUUCUUCUCUAAGACCAAUAAAGCCGGCCUGGAGGAGGUCAGAGAACGCCGCCGUCUCCGCCUUCUGCACGAGUUGGAAAAACUGAAGAAGUAAAUGCAGCUGGUAUGAGGUUGUAGGGGGGUUGUAGUUAUGGUUAUUGUAGAAAGUUGUGGAGGUUGUAAUGGCUAUUGUAAUGUAAAUGACGAUAUAUCUGACAUGAGUUUCUGAAAGUUGUAGUUUGAGGUAUUGUUGAUAUUGUAGGAAGUUGUGAAAGUUGUAAUCAUUAUUUUAAAGAAACGUAAAUAAAAAUAUAUAUGAUGGGCUUUAAAAAAAGGUUGUAGUUUGGUUAAUAUUACUAUUGUCAAAAGUUGUGACACUGUUGUAGAAAAAAAAACACAAAUAUAGUCAUUAAUUCAGCUAAUAACCCCAGAAUCCAUUUAAACUAAUUAUCUUAAUAUACCAUAAUAAUCCAACUCAGAAGAUAUAAAAAAAUAUACACUUUUCUGUAAAUUUAUUGUACCGAAUGUUUCUAUGACAAUAAAUAUUCUAUAACAAAUUGCUUCCUUUAUGGUAUCAAAUUUUUUUACAACAUCAGGUCCCUAGAAACACAACUUGACUCUCUAAGACUCAUAUAUGACUUAAUGACGGUAAAACACUGACCAUGUAUAGACCUUCUGUUAUGGGUGUGUUAGUAGUAUAUCCUAAGUUAACAUAAGCUAGGAUCCACAUAAAUGUUAAUUGUGUAUUCUAAGUUAACAUGACAACAUUUUUUUUAUCAUAUCUGUAAAGACAAGAAUAGGUUAUAUAUUGCCAAGUUCCAGGGGUUUGAUCAGAGCUGUAGCCGUCUAGGUAGGGUACAGAUACAGGUGUGUGUUACAUCACCACAACCUCAAAGAAAAACCCAAAUUACCCUAUUCUAACUUUUAAUAAAUAACAAUAUGUGUUUAGUAAAUAGCUAUAUAAUAUUACACAAUGGACCACGUAAGAAUGAUUUCAAUUAUAAUCUACUAAACCCCCCAUGUACAGUGUCGCUUCCGUGCCAAAUAAAAUCACCUGACGUUAUCCGGAUCAAAUAUCAACAGUGGCGUCCCUGUAGUGGAGGUGUUAAUGAUCUAAUUCACUAUAUAAAAAAUAAAUAAAAUACUCUGUAAAGAAGUAAAAUUAUUAAUGCUUUCACCCAUUCCUAAAAAGGUAAACUCCCACGAUAAAUAUCCUCCCCUACUAUAGGAUCCUCCCCUACCAUAGGAAACCUUCUCUACCAUAGGAUCCUCCCCUACCAUAGGAAACCUUCUCUACCAUAGGAUCCUCCCCUACCAUAGGAUCCUCCCCUACCAUAGGAAACCUUCUCUACCAUAGGAUCCUCCCCUACCAUAGGAUCCUUCACUACCACAGGAAACCUUCUCUACCAUAGGAUCCUCCCCUACCAUAGGAUCCUCCCCUACCACAGGAAUCCUUCACUACCAUAAAGAUCCUCCCAUAAUAAUCCUUCACUCCUUGGCAACACUGUACCCUAACUGGUUGAUGUGAGACUUAUAAAACUUUCCAAUUAUCAAUAAAUCAAUCCCCACUA